AUGGUCCGGCACAGGGAUUCUCGCUCACCAUCGCCAGUAGGAAGCCAGCACUCCUCGAAACGAAGCAAGAGAGAUGAUGAUUUCCGAAGGGAUCGCGAUCGGAGGGAUGAUGUUCGGGGCCAAAGACGGCGCAGUCGCUCCCGCAGCGCAGAUCGUCGCCACAGAGACCGCGAUGCCCAUCGUCGAAGGGAACGAUCGAUAGACCGCAGAGACGAUGAUUAUCACAGGUCCGGCCGACGAGAUCGAUCAAGGGACCGCAGAGAUAGAUAUGCCGAUAGGGAGCGAUCUCCAGACAGGCGGCGACGCAGAAGCCGAGAGCGGGAUUACCGGGACAGGCGAGACGACUCCUAUGAUAGGGCUCGAAGGCGCCGCGAGGAUUCUACUGACUCAUGGUCCCGUAGCAGAGGCGAAGAUAAUCGUGGGAAGGCUCCAAGUAGAUCGGAAAGCGCGAAAGCCACCGAGGCCCCCAAAACACCAACCCCCGCUGCCCAGACUGAGGCCGAGAAGAAGGCAGAACGUCUUGCGAAGCUGGAAGCAUGGAAGAAGAAAAUGGCAGAGGAUAAGGAACGUAAGGAGAAAGAUCUUGGAGCAGGAGGGACUCGAAAACUUCUGGAUGAUAUAGAUCAAAAGGCCAACAGAUCAACCUCCGUUGGCUCGCCACUAUCUCCAGGAACUCCCAAUGUUGCGUCACCAGCGCCUUACGCCGGGAAAUUCGAUCCAAAAGCGAUCGCGAAGAAAGCGGUGGCGAAUUCGAAUAAUGCAAGUACUCUGGGGAAUGAUAUACCACUCAAAGAGUUAUCUAAAGCGUCCGCUACCUUAACUUCUACAGCCAAAGGGUUACACGCUGACAACAAGCCAACAGCCUUCAACAGUGCAUCAAAUGCAUCUGCACUGCCUAAAGCCAGGGGGAACCUCAGUGCAUUCGGGCUUGGUGCUAAAUCUGGUAUCGAUAACGAGAAAUCCUCCUCAAAACGAGCUUUGGAUUUUGGAGAUGAUGAAGAAUCUAGAAAGAAACUUGAAAAGCUACCGUCCCUACCUCUGGCAAACGCCGAUGAUGCUGAUGCUGCGCUCGCUAACGGUGUUGAGGGAGAAGAGGAUGAUGAUGUAGACAUGGAAGCUGCAGGCACCGAAGAAGAGGCCGCGGCAGCAGCGAGGGCAGCCGCAGAGAAACGUGAGGAAAGACUCCAAGAACAGGCCAACCAGGAUGGCGAGCUGGAUCAUACUACUGAACCCGCUACAAAUGGGGACAUCAAAAUGGAUGACGCGCCCGAUGCGAACGCCCGCCCUGCCGAAGCGGAGGAAGAAGAAAUUGACCCCUUGGACGCAUUUAUGGACGAGAUGGGUGACCCCUUUGCUGCUCCGAAUACAAAUGGCACCUUCAACAAGACCCAGAGCAAGGGUCAACAGCAGGAGCCAGAGCCAUUGUUUGGGGACGACGAUGUAGAACUCAAAACUAUCGAAGCCGACCCAGACGAUAUUCUUGCAAUGGCAAGCAAAGUGAGGAAAAAGAAAGACUUACCGGCAAUAAAUUAUGCAAAGAUGGAUCUUGAGCCGUUCCGCAAGAACUUCUAUACAGAACCGGAAGAACUAGCAGACAUGACUGAAGCCGACCUCGCAGAUCUACGGCUUGAGCUCGACGGCAUAAAGGUUGCUGGAGAAGCAGUGCCAAAACCCGUGCAGAAGUGGUCGCAGUGCGGUCUCAAUUAUCAAUCUCUUGAGGUAAUCCGCAAGUUAGGCUAUGAACGGCCAACAGCGAUCCAGUCGCAAGCAAUUCCCGCAAUAAUGUCUGGUAGAGAUGUUAUCGGCGUUGCCAAAACAGGUUCCGGUAAAACGAUCGCAUUCCUCCUGCCUAUGUUCCGCCAUAUUCGAGACCAACGACCACUAGAAGGCUCGGAUGGCCCUAUAGGCCUGAUCAUGACACCGACGCGAGAACUUGCAACCCAAAUCCAUAGAGAGUGUAAGCCAUUUUUGAAAGCUAUGAACCUUCGUGCUGUCUGCGCGUAUGGUGGAGCUCCUAUCAAGGACCAGAUUGCCGAUCUCAAAAGGGGAGCUGAAAUUAUAGUCUGCACACCGGGAAGAAUGAUAGAUCUACUGGCAGCCAACUCCGGUAGGGUCACAAACCUUCGGCGAGUCACUUACGUUGUUUUGGAUGAAGCAGAUCGCAUGUUUGAUAUGGGUUUUGAGCCUCAAGUCAUGAAGAUCUUUGCCAACAUCCGACCCGACAGACAGACAAUUCUCUUCUCAGCUACCAUGCCUCGAAUCAUGGACGCUCUAGCUAAGAAGACCCUCCAGUCACCGGUUGAAAUUACUGUCGGUGGACGAAGUGUCGUUGCGAAAGAGAUCACCCAGAUUGUCGAGGUGCGCGAGGAAAAGGAAAAAUUCCACCGGCUGCUGGAGCUACUGGGAGAGCUGUAUGACAAGGACGAAGAUGCACGUACUCUUAUAUUCGUGGAUCGGCAAGAGAAGGCGGAUGACUUACUGAAGGAUCUGAUGCGUAAAGGGUACCCUUGCAUGUCAAUACAUGGUGGCAAGGAUCAAAUCGAUCGCGAUUCGACGAUAGAUGACUUCAAAGCUGGAGUUGUGCCUAUAAUGAUUGCUACUUCGGUAGCGGCUCGAGGCCUCGAUGUGAAGCAACUCAAAUUAGUCGUCAACUUUGACGCGCCAAAUCAUCUGGAGGAUUACGUUCACAGAGCUGGUCGUACAGGAAGAGCAGGAAAUACUGGGACAGCCGUAACCUUCAUUACCGAGGACCAGGAGCAGUAUUCCGUAGGGAUAGCUAAGGCCCUCGAGCAGUCUGGACAGCCUGUCCCUGAACGGCUGAACGAGAUGAGAAAAUCGUUCCGAGACAAAGUCAAGACGGGCAAAUCAAAAGACAGUUCUGGAUUCGGAGGAAAAGGAUUGGAGCGGCUUGAUGCGGAACGUGAAGCAGCGAGAAUCCGUGAGCGGAAGACGCACAAGACUGACGGGGAUGAUGAGGAUGAGAAGGAGGAGAAAGCGGACGAGGAUAUCGUGCUCAAAGCUGCCUCUGCCGUCCAACCCGCAGCCUCACCUCACACCCCUCAGCCUUUCGGCGUUCCUAAGGGGAUUGAUUUGGAUGGCAAGAUCACGGUACACCGUACCGAGCCUGCAGCCUCCUCGUCCUCAGGCGGCUCGAAGAAUCCGCUUGAUAAAGUCACGUCGGCCAUCGACGCCAUCAAUGCUCGACUCAAUAAGACCGGCCAGUUACGAUCCGGGGUACCCAUUGAUAACAAGGGACCUGAUGCGGGUGCUUUCCACGCCACUCUGGAGAUCAACGACUUCCCCCAGAAAGCGAGAUGGGCUGUCACGAACCGGACCAACGUGGCCAAGAUCCUUGAAGCAACGGGCACCUCGAUCACGACCAAAGGGAGCUUCUAUCCACCUGGGAAGGAAGUGCAACCGGGCGGCGACCCGAAAUUGUAUAUUCUCGUCGAGGGGGAUACUGAGCUCGUGGUUACUAAUGCAAUGAGGGAGUUGAUGAGGUUAUUGAAGGAGGGGACGAUGGCAGCGGCAGAUGCAGAAGGCAGAGCCCCUGCAAGUGGACGGUAUAAUGUUGUGUAG